UUUUUUUUCUACCAAGAGAAAAUACAUAUGAUGGAUAUCUAUUCUGCAAUAUAUAACGAUGAUAAUCUCUACUCUACUAAUAUCCAGAACAUUUCAAAGUUUUACAAAAGCCAGAUAACCAAACAGAUAGUCAAAUCUAGAAUUGUCACUUAGAAUUUUAGAAAAAAACAAAACUUUACUUUUUCAUUACGUACAACUCGGACAUCAACCUUUUUUCACAUAAGACAAUAUGGUAAACCAAGUCAAAUAUUUAGAAAAUGAGACAUCUACAAGCUAUCUACGACAGAUUUUAGAUGAACUAACUCAUCGAGGGUGUGGGGUGUGGGUGGGGUGUGGGUGUGGGUGUGGAUGGGUGUGGGUGUACUUGUGAAUAUUUCAUUAACCCACACCCAAACCCACACCCACACACCCACACCCACACCCACACCCACACCCACACCCACACCCACCCCACACCCACCCCACACCCACACCCACACCCUAAAAAUUCUGAGCAAGUUCUUGCAAUUACGCUUUUUUUCUUGUUUUAUGAUCAUUUUACUGAACUUUCAGUCUAUUACACAAGGAAUUACGAUCGGAAAUUCUCUCCAACAAUAGCUCUUAUGGUUCUUAUGAUAUCCCGAAAGUUUCAGUUCAAAUAGAUGAUUUCUUCUUACGAUAUCGUAUACCUAAAAACUGCACUAUUUUUGUAGCUCUUGUAUGAAAGUACCGACUUUUUUUUGCGAACAUAUUAUCUCAGUAGGGAAACAUACGUUUGAGCUGCAACUUUGAGAAUAUCAUAAGGACCAUGAAAGCUAUCGUUGGAGGGAAUUUCAGGUCGACAUUCCUUGUUGUGAUAUUCUGCAGUAAGCUGAAAGUUCAGCAAAACGACCGUAACUCGCAAAGAAACGCCCUAUCGCACAAACCCUUUCAGGAUUUUUAUCUACACUACUCAAGAUUGUAAGUGAAUCCGAUGUGGUCCUAUCAAAAAAACGGAGUUAUCCAGAAUAGAAAACCUUUCGAAUACAUGCCUAGAUGUUCUAUCUGUAGUAAAAACUUCAGACAGAUAGAUUGUUUUUAUACGAUCGAAAAUAAACAUUUUAUUUCAAGAUUUGCACAACAAAUGUUUGAUUUUUAAUUUAUUUAUUAUAUAUAUAUAUAUAGAUGUAAAUCAAUUGAAUAUCCACAAGAUUUACCAACAGCAUCAGUUGUAAUAGUAUUUAAAAAUGAACGUUGGUCACCAGUUCUUCGAACAGUUUAUUCUGUCCUUAAUCGCUCACUAAAACAUUUACUUAAAGAAGUUAUUUUAGUUGAUGAUCAAUCAGACAUUGAGGAAAUGGGUCAACGUUUAGAUGAUUAUUGUGAAGAAUAUUUUGGAGAUUUUGUACGUAUUUUACGAGCACCAGCAAGACUUGGAUUAAUUAAAGCAAAAAAUUAUGGUGCAAGAAAUGCUACUGGAGAUGUUGUUGUGUUUCUCGAUGCACAUUGUGAAGCAAAUGCUGGAUGGUUAGAACCACUUUUGCUUCGAAUUAAAGAAAAACGUUCAGCUAUUUUAUGUCCGGGUAUAGAUAUGAUUAGUGAUCAAGAUAUGGCUGAUGGUGGCACAGGUGAUGGUAGUGUAGGUGGUUUUUGGUGGUCAUUACAUUUUAAUUGGAUACCGAUUCCAGCUCGUAUACGUAAUGCAAAAAAAAACAAGAGUUGA